UGUUCAUGGUUAGGUGUAGGGUGAGCUAAGGUUGUAGGCUGUUUCUGAUAGCCUACGUCCGGCAGAAGGCAGGUAGUACUCAGACCAACUGUUUACGUUUGGGAUGUGAGUGCAGUUCCCUCACCGUCCACCUGGUGUCGCGCUUGAGGCGCACAGGUACAGGUCUACAAUGACCCAAGCUGUCUGCGGUUCAGUGAAGUGUCGCUCCAACGGGUCAAUGGGUAUCGCUGACAGGAAGUAGAUGGAUCCCGUGUUUACAACAGAGUACUCUCUAUGCUGGACAAAAAGUACAACUUUUUGACAGCGGUGUUACAUUCGCUUUAACUUCAAGGUUUGUUUUUGGAAAAACGCACGGUGUUUGAAUAAGACAAUACCGACUAGCAGCAGCAGCCUGAUUCCCCGCUGGGAGACACCUGCUGUUACCAGGAACAGGAGUUCAUACCGCGGCGUGACGCGAAUGUGGAAGUUAUUAUGGAAAUAAACGGAACAAUACGCGAACGUUAACUUAACGUUGAGGACACUACUAGUUUAUGUGAAGCUAAAAGUGAUCUAUAAUGUCUACCAUGGAGCGGUCGUAGAUCAAGUGGACUAAACGAUGUCUGUGAACGAGUUGUACACACAGCGGACUCGGGUGUGGAUCGCCGACUCUGAGGAUGUGUGGAAGCCGGCCGAGAUCACCAAAGACUACAAGGAGGGGGAGCCCAUCCUGCACCUCAGGCAGGAGGAUGAGACGCCCCUUGAGUACCGUAUCGGUCCGAAAGACCCCCUCCCCUUCCUACGAAACCCUGACAUCCUGGUGGGAGAGAAUGACCUCACGGCCCUCAGCUACCUGCACGAGCCGGCCGUCCUGCACAACCUCAAGGUCCGCUUCCUGGAGUCCAACCACAUCUACACCUACUGCGGGAUCGUGUUGGUGGCCAUCAACCCCUAUGAGCAGCUGGCCAUCUACGGCGAGGAGGUGAUCAAUGCCUACAGCGGGCAGAACAUGGGGGACAUGGACCCCCACAUAUUUGCGGUGGCGGAGGAGGCGUACAAGCAGAUGGCCAGGGAUGAGCGGAACCAGUCCAUCAUCGUGAGCGGCGAGUCCGGCGCCGGGAAGACGGUGUCGGCCAAGUACGCCAUGCGCUUCUUCGCCACGGUGGGCGGGUCGGCGGGGAACACCAACGUGGAGGAGAAGGUCCUGGCCUCCAGUCCCAUCAUGGAGGCUAUCGGAAACGCCAAGACGACCCGCAACGACAACAGCAGUCGCUUCGGGAAGUACAUCCAGAUCGGUUUCGACCGGCAGUACCACAUCAUCGGGGCCAACAUGCGCACCUACCUGCUGGAGAAGUCCCGCGUGGUCUUUCAGGCCGAGGAUGAGAGGAACUACCACAUCUUUUAUCAGCUCUGUGCCUGCGCUAGUUUACCAGAGUUUAAAGACUUGGCCUUGUCGAGUGCAGAGGACUUUAUCUACACGUCGUUCGGGGAGAACAUCUUCAUAGAGGGAGUCAACGACGCGUUGGACUUUGAGAAGACCAAGGAAGCCUUCACCCUCCUGGGUGUGAAGGAGAACAUGCAGAGCAGCAUUAUUAAGAUCAUAGCUGCCAUCCUGCAUCUGGGCAACGUUGAGAUCUGCUCCGAGCGGGACGGGGACUCCUGCCACGUUUUGGGCGAAGACCGCCACCUGAAGCACUUCUGCCGCCUGCUGGGCGUGGAGCUGGAGCAGAUGGAGCACUGGCUGUGUCACCGGAAGCUGGUGACUUCGUCUGAGACCUACGUGAAGAACAUGUCCUGCAAGCAGGCCAGCAACGCCCGCGACGCGCUGGCCAAGCACAUCUACGCGCACAUGUUCGACUGGAUCGUGGAGCACGUCAACAAGGCGCUGCACACCACCGCCAAGCAGCGCUCCUUCAUCGGCGUGCUGGACAUCUACGGGUUCGAGACAUUUGAGAUCAACAGUUUUGAGCAGUUCUGCAUCAACUACGCCAAUGAGAAGCUGCAGCAACAGUUCAACUCGCACGUGUUCAAGCUAGAGCAGGAGGAGUACAUGAAGGAACAGAUUCCCUGGACCCUGAUAGACUUCUAUGACAACCAGCCGUGCAUAGACCUGAUCGAGGCCAAGCUGGGCAUCCUGGACCUGCUGGACGAAGAGUGCCGAGUGCCCAAGGGCACGGAUGAGAACUGGUGCCAGAAGCUGUACGGGAAGCACUCAGGAAGCGCUCACUUCCAGAAGCCACGCAUGUCCAACACCUCCUUCAUCAUCAUCCACUUCGCAGACAAGGUGGAGUACCAGUGUGAGGGCUUCCUGGAGAAGAACAGAGACACCGUGUACGAGGAACAGAUCAAUAUCCUGAAAGCUAGUAAGUUUCAGAUGGUGGCAGAUCUAUUCCUGGAGAAGAAGGAGUCCAGCUCUUCCACACCCGGUAGUAAAACCUCCAGGAUUAACGUGAGGUCCGCCAAGACCGUCCCGAAGACCCCCAACAAGGAGCACAGGAAGACAGUAGGCCACCAGUUCCGGAGCUCCCUCCAGCUCCUCAUGGAGACUCUGAACGCCACCACGCCUCACUACGUGCGCUGCAUCAAGCCAAACGACGAGAAGAUGUCCUUCGUGUUCGACUCCAAGCGAGCGGUUCAACAGCUGAGGGCAUGUGGAGUCCUGGAGACCAUUCGCAUCAGUGCUGCUGGUUACCCGUCAAGAUGGACGUACCAAGACUUCUUCAACAGAUACCGGGUGCUCAUGAAGAGGGCUGACAUGACCAAUUCCGACAAGAAGCUUGUGUGUCGGAACCUGCUGGCGACCCUGAUCAAGGACGAGGACAAGUUCCAGUUCGGCAAGACGAAGAUCUUCUUCCGGGCGGGCCAGGUGGCGUACCUGGAGAAGCUGCGGGCGGACAAGUUCCGCUCGGCGUGCAUCAAGAUCCAGAAGACGGUGCGCGGCUGGCUCCAGCGGCUCCGCUACCGCAAGAUCCGCCGCUCUGCAGUGCUGCUGCAGAGAUAUGGCCGCGGCUACAUGGCCCGCAGGUACGCCGAGCAGCUGAGGCUGACGCGGGCAGCCGUCAUCUGCCAGAAGCAGUGCCGCAUGGUGAGAGACAGACGGGCCUUCCUGAGGGUGAGACGGGCAGUGGUCACCAUCCAGGCCUACACCCGGGGCAUGUACACCCGCAGGAUCUUCAAGGAGUUCCUCCUGCACCACAAGGCCAUGGUGAUCCAGAAGAACGUGCGCGGCUGGCUGGCCCGGAAGAAGUUCCGGCGGGCGCGCGACGCGGCCGUCACCAUCCAGUGCGCCGUGCGCUGCAUGCGGGCCAAGCGGCUCACCAAGCAGCUGAAGAUCGACGCCCGCUCGGCCCAGCACCUGAAGAAGCUCAACUCGGGCAUGGAGAACAAGAUCGUGCAGCUCCAGAGGAAGAUGGACGACCAGUCCAAGGACCUCAAGACCCAGAACGAGCAGCUGCUGUCCCACAACAAUAACCUGGGGUCGGAGGUCGGCAAGCUGCAGAAGGAGCUGGAGCAGGUCCGCCUCCGCCACGGCGACGGCAACCAACUGACCUCCCUGCAGGAGGAGCUGGCCCGGCUGAGGGCGGAGCUAAAGAAGUCACAUGACUUGAACCAGAGGCAGGAGGCGGAGCACGGCAGCGAGAAGCUGGUCCUGACUCAGCGCGUGGAGGAGUUGGAGAAGGAGAACCACCUGCUGAAGAGCGAUAAGGAGCAGAUGAACCACAAGCUGCUGCAGCACUCCAAGAGCACUGAAGACCAGGAGAGCAGCGCCUCCCAGAGGGAGACGGACCUCCAGAAGGACCUGGACCAGGAGAGACUCCGCUACCAGAACCUCCUGAAGGAGUUCUCCAGGAUGGAGCAGCGCUUCGACAACCUGGAGGAGGAGGUGGCGCUCACCAAGCGAGGCCACAGGAGAAACCCGUCCAACGUGAGCAGCCUGGAGUCUGACUCCAACUACCCCUCCAUCUCCACCUCGGAGGUGGGCGACGCGGAGGACGCCAUUCAGAUGGUGGAGGACAUGGGCGUGGAGAAGGCAGCGAUGGACAUCAGCAUCUUCAUGAAGCUGCAGAAGCGCGUGCGGGAGCUGGAACUGGAGAGGAAGAGGUUGCAGGCCCACAUAGACAAGAUUGAGGAGCUUGCCAAGAGCAAGGUCACGGAGAGAAGGAACUUGACAUCCCAGGAUGAAGUCGCAGAUCUGGCCUACAACAGUUUGAAGAGGCAAGAGCUGGAAUCGGAGAACAAGAAGCUGAAGAACGACCUGAACGAGAUGAGGAGGACCGUCGGCGACCGGGUCUCCGACGACAGCUCGUCCAAUGAGCUUCAGGAGAGCUACAAGCUGCUGCUCACCCAGCUGAAAGCGGCCAAUGAGGAGCUGGACAUGCGCAAGGAGGAGGUGCUUCUGCUCAGAACCAAGAUAGUCAGUGGCCCACAGCAAAAUGGACUUGUUGACAGUGAAAAGGUGAGCAGCAUCGAGGCUGAGGUGAACAACAAGAAACCUCCCAAGGAUAAGGAGGAGGCGCUGAAGGCCUACCAGGAGGUGUCUGAGUCCAAGAGCUUCUCUGAGGACUGGGCUCAUUUGAACGAAGACGGGGAGCUGGGCUUGGCCUACCAGGGGCUGAAAGAAGUAGCCAGGGUGCUGGAGGCCCAGGUGCAGAGCCUGUCCCGGCAGCAUAAGGACGAGCUGGAGGCGCUGCACACCCAGAUCGAGGUGCUGCGCGGCGACCUGGAGAAGAAGACGGAGGCGCUGAACCACACCAUGUCCCUGUCCCCCGAGGCCCAGGUGGAGUACAGCGUGCAGCAGGAGAUCACCCGGCUCACCAACGACAACCUGGACCUGAAGGAGCUGGUGGAGAAGCUGGAGAAGAAUGAGAGGAAGUUGAAGAAGCAGCUCAGGAUCUACAUGAAGAAGAUCCAGGAACUUGAGGUGUCCCCGGUGACGCCGGUGAACUCGGCGCGUCCCGAGCUCAGCCGCCAGGUGACGGUGCAGCGCCGGGAGAAGGACUUUGAGGGCAUGCUGGAGUACUGCAAGGAGGACGAGGCCCUGCUGCUCAAGGCCCUCAUCGCCGAGAUCCGCCCCAGCUCCGUGUCGGCGACGGUGCCCUGCCUCCCGGCCUACAUCCUGUUCAUGUGCAUCCGCCACGCCGACUACGUCAACGACGACGAGAAGGUGGAGUCCCUGCUCACUUCCACCAUCAACUCCAUCAAGAAGGUCCUCAAGAAAAACGUCAACGACUUUGAGAUGGUGUCCUUCUGGCUGGCCAACACUAGCCGCCUGCUGCACUGCCUGAAGCAAUACAGCGGCGAUGAGGCGUUCAUGACCCAGAACACGGGCAAGCAGAACGAGCACUGCCUGAAGAACUUUGACCUGGCCGAGUACCGGCAGGUGCUGAGCGACCUCUCCAUCCAGAUCUACCAGCAGCUCAUCAAGGUGGCCGAGGGCAUCAUGCAGCCCAUGAUCGUGUCGGCCAUGCUGGAGAGCGAGAGCAUCCCCAGCCUGUCCGGGGUGAAGCCCAUGGGCUACCGGAACCGCUCGUCCAGCAUGGACCACGACGGCAAAGGGCCCAGCACCUACACCCUGGGCGCACUGAUCCGCCAGCUGGGGCAGUUCCACAGCGUGAUGGGUGAGCACGGCCUGGACCCCGAGAUCGUCAGCCAGGUGGUCCGGCAGCUGUUCCACUGCAUCAACGCCUUCACCCUCAACAACCUGCUGCUGCGCAAGGACGUGUGCUCGUGGAGCACCGGCAUGCAGCUCAGGUACAACAUCAGCCAGAUGGAGGAGUGGCUGCGGGCCAACAACCUGCAGCAGAGCAAGGCGGCGCCCACGCUGGAGCCCAUCAUCCAGGCCGCCCAGCUGCUGCAGGUCAAGAAGAAGACGUCCCAGGACGCCGAGGCCAUCUGCGCCCUCUGCACCGCACUCACCAUGCAGCAGAUUGUGAAGAUUCUGAACCUGUACACUCCGCUGAACGAGUUUGAGGAGCGGGUCACCGUCUCCUUCAUCCGAAACAUUCAGAGUAACCUCCAGGAGAGGAACGACGCGCCCACGCUGCUGGUAGACACCAAGCACACCUUCCCGGUGCUCUUCCCCUACACGCCCUCCGCCCUCAGCCUGGAGACCCUGCACAUCCCCGCCUCCCUGGGGCUGGGCUUCCUGGUCAGGGUGUAGCACCCCCAACCCUCCC